CUGCGGCGCCUGCGUGCAGCAGCAGCGUUCGGCGGCAGCGUGGAGAGGAAGCCCCGUUCCGUCCCGUCCCGCCAGUGCCCGCCGUCUGCCAUGGGCCGUCUCCCGCUGUACCUCUGCUGCUGCUGCCUCGCGCUGUGGUCCGCGGCCGCGCAGGAGCCCGAGUACAGCUACGGCUGCGCCGAGGGCAGCUGCUACCCCGCCACCGGCGACCUGCUCAUCGGCCGCGCCGCCCGCCUGUCCGCCUCCUCCACCUGCGGCCUCCGCCAGCCCGAGCCCUACUGCAUCGUCAGCCACCUCCAGGAGGACAAAAAAUGUUUCAUAUGUGACUCCGAGGAUCCUUUUCACGAUACUCUCAAUCCUGACAGUCAUCGCAUUGAAAACGUUGUCACCACAUUUGCACCCAAUCGGCUGAAGCUCUGGUGGCAGUCAGAAAAUGGUUUGGAAAACGUGACAAUCCAACUGAACCUGGAGGCUGAAUUUCAUUUCACUCAUCUCAUUAUGACCUUUAAGACGUUCCGUCCAGCUGCAAUGUUGAUAGAAAGAUCAUCUGAUUUUGGAAUAACAUGGCAAGUAUAUAGGUAUUUUGCGUAUGACUGUGAGAGCUCAUUUCCUGGGAUUUCAACUGGACCCAUGAAGAAAGUGGAUGAUAUCAUUUGUGAUUCCCGAUACUCCGACAUUGAACCUUCAACGGAGGGAGAGGUAAUAUAUCGUGUUUUAGAUCCUGCUUUUCGAAUUGAAGAUCCAUACAGUCCAAGGAUUCAAAAUCUAUUAAAGAUCACAAAUCUGAGAGUCAAAUUCACCAAGCUGCACACGCUGGGAGAUAAUCUCCUGGACUCUAGGAUGGAGAUCAGAGAGAAGUACUACUACGCCAUCUACGACAUGGUGGUUCGCGGGAACUGCUUCUGCUAUGGACAUGCCAGCGAGUGUGCGCCAGUGGAUGGCUUUAAUGAAGAAGUGGAAGGAAUGGUCCAUGGGCACUGCAUGUGCAGGCACAAUACCAAAGGGUUAAACUGUGAACAGUGUUUGGAUUUCUACCAUGACUUACCCUGGCGACCCGCUGAAGGCCGCAAUAGCAACGCAUGCAAAAAGUGCAACUGCAAUGGCCACUCCAGCCAGUGCCACUUUGACAUGGCUGUGUACAUGACAACGGGCAAUACCAGCGGGGGAGUGUGUGAUGACUGCCAGCACAACACCAUAGGACGCAACUGCGAGCAGUGCAAGCCCUUCUACUUUCAGCACCCAGAGAGAGAUCUGAGGGACCCCGAUGUCUGUGAGCCUUGCGACUGUGACCCAGCUGGCUCCCAGAAUGGUGGCAUCUGCGAUCGCUACACUGAUUUCUCCACCGGCCUUAUCGCCGGACAAUGCCGCUGUAAAUUAUUUGUGGAAGGGGAGCGUUGUGACCUCUGCAAAGAAGGUUUCUAUGGCCUGAGUGCUGAUGACCCAGCGGGUUGUCAGUCUUGUGCAUGUAAUCCUCUGGGUACCCACCCCGGGGGGAAUCCUUGUGAUUCGGAGACAGGAAACUGCUAUUGUAAGCGCCUGGUGACAGGAAAGCAGUGCAACAACUGCCUGCCUGAGCACUGGGGCCUGAGCAAUGACAUGGAUGGAUGUCGGCCGUGCGACUGCGACCAGGGAGGAGCGCUGAACAACAACUGCUCAAGUCAAUCUGGCCAAUGUGAAUGCCGGCCCCACAUGUUUGGACGUCAGUGCAACCAGGUGGAGCCCGGUUAUUACUUCAUUUCACUCGAUCAUUACAUCUACGAGGCAGAGGAAGCCAGCUUGGGUCCCGGAGUAAACGUAAUAGAGCGCCAGUACACACCGGACCGCACACCCUCGUGGACAGGCAUAGGAUUUGUAAGAGUCCCUGAGGGGGCAUACCUGGAAUUCUAUAUCGACAACAUCCCCUACUCCAUGGAGUACGAUAUUCUGAUCCGCUACGAGCCGCAGUUGCCAGAUCAGUGGGAAAAAGCUGUGAUCAGCGUCUCGCGCCCGGGCAAGAUUCCCACGGGUAGCCGCUGUGGCAAUACCGUUCCUGACGAUGACAAUCAGGUCGUCUCACUGUCACCCGGCUCCAGAUACGUUGUUCUUCCACGGCCUGUCUGCUUUGAGAAGGGGCUGAAUUACACCAUCCGCCUGGAACUGUCCCAGUACUCCUCAGUGGAUACAGAGACAGAGAACCCAUAUACACUGAUUGACUCUCUUGUUCUCAUGCCAUACUGCAAAUCACUGGACAUAUUCACAGUGGGAGGCUCAGGUGAAGAUGUGGUCACGAACAGCGCUUGGGAAACUUUCCAAAGAUACCGGUGUUUGGAAAACAGCAGGAGUGUUGUGAAAACACCCAUGACAGAAGUCUGCAAGAACAUCAUAUUCAGCAUUUCUGCACUAUUACAUGAAACCGCAUUAUCAUGCCAGUGUGACCCCCAGGGCUCCCUGAGUUCUGUGUGUGACCCCAGCGGAGGACAGUGCCAGUGUCGUCCCAACGUUGUUGGAAGACAGUGUGACAGAUGUGCCCCGGGCACCUUCGGGUUCGGGCCGAGUGGAUGCCGACCAUGCGAGUGCCAUGUCCGAGGCUCUUACAAUGCCUUCUGCGACGCGGAGACGGGCCAGUGUCACUGCUUCCCUGGGGUGUACGGGCGGCAGUGCGACCGCUGCCUGCCAGGCUUCUGGGGCUUCCCCAGCUGCCAGCCCUGCCACUGCAACGGGCACGCUGAUGACUGUAACCCCUACACCGGAGAGUGCCUGAGCUGCCGGGACCACACGGCGGGACACAACUGUGAGAGGUGCCAGGCUGGCUACUAUGGAGACCCUGUCCUGGGAUCAGGCGACCACUGCCGUCCCUGCCUUUGUCCUGAUGGCCCUGAGAGCGGACGCCAGUUUGCCAGCGGCUGUUACCAGGAUCCAGUCACGCUGCAAGUCAUGUGUGUUUGUAGCGUGGGAUACAUAGGCAGUCGAUGUGAUGAAUGUGCGUCUGGCUUCUUUGGGAGCCCCGACGAGGUUGGCGGCGCCUGCCAGCCGUGCCAGUGCAACAACAACAUCGACACCACUGACCCGGAGGCCUGUGACAAGAAGACGGGAAUGUGCAUGAAGUGCCUGUAUCACACGGAGGGCGAAAACUGCCACCUCUGCAGACAGGGCUAUUACGGGAGCGCCCUGCAGCAGGACUGCAGAAAGUGCGUCUGCAACUACCUGGGCACUGUGCGGGAGGACUGCGAGGGCUUGGAGAGCUGCCGGUGCGAGGCGGCCACGGGGCAGUGCCGCUGCCUCCCCAACGUGGUGGGGCAGACCUGUGACCGCUGUGCCCCGCACACAUGGAGGCUGGCCAGCGGCACCGGGUGCGAGCAGUGCGACUGCGACCCCGCGCGCUCCCUCGGACCUGCCUGCAACGAGUUCUCGGGGCAGUGCCAGUGCAUGCCGGGCUUCGGAGGCCGGACCUGCCGGGAGUGCCAGGAGCUCUUCUGGGGCGACCCAGGCGUGGAGUGCCGAGCGUGUGAUUGCAACCCUCGUGGCAUCCAAACUCCGCAGUGCGACCGUGCCACCGGGCAGUGCAUCUGCAAUGAAGGGGUGGAAGGGCCACGCUGUGACAAGUGCUCCCGGGGCUACUCAGGCUUCUUCCCUGACUGUGUGCCGUGCCACCAGUGCUUUGCCCUCUGGGACGUGAUCAUCAGCGAGCUGUCUAAUAGGACCCAGCAGUUCCUGGACAGGGCUAAUGCCCUCAAAAUCACUGGAGUCACUGGCCCAUACCAGCAGACGCUCAACACCCUGGAGGAGAAGCUCAGUGAAAUUAAAACCAUCAUUGCUCAAAAUCCAGCUGCCGAGCCCCUGAAAAACAUUGGGAAUCUCUUUGAGGAAGCAGAAAAGCUGACAGCAGAUGUUACAGUUAAGAUCGCUGAUGUAGAAGAAAACCUGUCAGCCUUAGCAGUGAAGAGCAACAGCACAGACACUGACCUGAGUGCACUGGAAACAGAUGCCAAAAGCCUAGACCGUGUUGUGAAAGAACUUGCAGAACAGCUAGAGUUCAUCAAGAUUUCUGAUGUUCGGGGAGCCUUGGACAGUAUCACCAAGUAUUUCCAGAUGUCCCUGGAGGCAGAGGAGAGGGUCAAUGCUUCCACUGUUCACCCCAAUAGCGCCGUGGAGCUGUCAGCGCGGACGCGGCAGGAAGUGGAAGACUUAAUCAAUGAGAAGGAGGCCCAGUUCAAGGCUAAACAAGAGGAGCAGUCGCGCCUGCUGGAUGAGCUCGCAGGCAAGCUGCAGAGCCUGGAUCUCUCUGAAGUGGCUGAGAAGACAUGUGGCACUCCCCUGGGAGCCUCUUGUGCCGAAUCAGAGUGUGGUGGUUUAAGCUGUCGGACAGCUGAAGGCAAGAAGAAGUGCGGAGGACCCGGCUGUGACGGGCUGGUGACUGUAGCUCACAACGCCUGGCAGAAAGCCAUGGACUUCGACAGAGACAUCCUCAGCGCAUUAGCAGAAGUUGAGCAACUCUCCAGAAUGGUCUCUGAGGCGAAACAGAGAGCUGAUGAAGCAAAACAGAACGCACAAGCGGUUUUGCUCAAAACCAAUGCUACAAAAGAACAAGUGGACAGAAGCAAUGAAGAUCUGAGAAAUCUUAUUAAACAGAUUAGAGACUUCCUUAUGCAAGACAGCGCUGACCUGGAUAGCAUCGAGGCAGUGGCUAAUGAAGUGCUGAACAUGGAGAUGCCAAGCACACCCCAGCAGCUGCGAGCCCUCACAGAAGAUAUUCGUGAGCGUGUAGAAAGCCUUUCUGAUGUUGAGGUCAUUCUGCAGCAGAGUGCUGGAGACAUUGCCAGAGCAGAAAUGCUGCUGGAGGAAGCUAAAAAAGCGAGCAAUGGUGCAACAGAUGUUAAAGUCACUGCAGACAUGGUGAAAGCAGCACUGGAAGAAGCUGAAAAAGCUCAAAAUGCAGCUGAAAAAGCCAUCAAACAAGCUGACGAAGAUAUUAAAGGAACUCAAGACCUGCUGACCUCGAUUGCAUCUGAAAAUGCAGCAUCUGAAGAAACACUGAACAAUGCUACCUUACGUCUGUUUGAGCUGGAGAGGAGUGUUGAAGACCUUAAGCAAAAGGCUGUUACAAAUUCAAAGAAUGUGGACAAUAUAGAAGAAAAAAUAGUUACUGCAAAACAAAAUGCUGAAGAAGUUAAACAGGUCCUCGACACGGAGCUGAACGACAAGUACAAAACGGUGGAAGAUCUCAUUGCCAAGAAGACAGAAGAGUCGGCUGAUGCUAGGAGGAAGGCCACCAUGUUGCAAGAUGAAGCUAAAGCCUUGUUGGCUCAAGCAAACAGCAAGCUCCAGCUGCUCAAAGACUUGGAACAUACAUAUGAAAACAACCAAAGAGUUCUGGAAGACAAAGCCAAGCAGUUGGUGGAGCUGGAGGAGACAGUCCGCUCCCUCUUACAGACCAUCAGCCAGAAGGUUGCUGUUUACAGCACCUGCUUGUAAGUGGGAGCUGGAAAUGCUUGUGUUCAGGAUGGGGUUUACAGGUAUUACACUCGUUCUUUUUGACAUGAGACUAAGACCUGAUAAACUGAACAGGUUUUAUAUUGACUUUGAAGUCACAGAACCAAAGACAAGUAACUUUUUGAUGUUGAAAAUAAACGGUACUUUUGUAUCACUGUAUGUACCUAGUAUGAAUCAUUAAGUUCCUUCCUAUUUUCAGUAGCUGAAAUCAUACCUCAGUUACUCCUUUAGCAAGUCUUGUUUUUAAACUGCUUAGAGAUUUAAUAAAAUCUUGGCUCUAACUACAUACUUCUAAAUAAGGGUUCCAGUUACUAUGAAAUGUGGAUGUCACUCAACAAAAUUACAAGUGAACAAAGAACCACCAUCCUUGUGUGGUUAGCUGGCAUUUAUGCCAUGGUACUCAAAAAGGAUUAUUUACCUUCUGCAUGAUACCCGCUUAGGUUUGACAUUAGUUUGAUGUCACUGGUUAUGAAACACUUGCUAUGUGGACACAGGGCAGCACUGAAGGGGUGAAUGUCAUUUACACUUCAAGCACCAAAUUUAUGUCAUAAACCAAGCUUGGAGGACCAAGCCUGUCUGGAAAAGGGACUAUAGAAGUUCGCAGGGUGCUGAUGUGAAUCAGUGAAGGAGCUGCACACAGAUGUGUGUGCACUUAACAAAGAACAGCUGCACUUAACGAAACACAAAUAAGACUUUCAAAGCGCAAGUGUAACAUGCAGUUCAUCAUACUUCAUCUCAGUUCUGUGUAGAGCACUGCACUUUCAGACAAUUCAGUACUGCACAGAUUAGCAUCCAAAACUGCAACGUGCAUUUACACAUCCUGACUGCUAACUCUGAGCUGAGGAAUAUCUCUGUAUAUAUCCUCUGACCUUACAUAAUCUUGACUAAUGUCGGUGGAAGUCAGUCAGGACAACUAUGGCACAAUCUAUCACUACCUAAGCAAAGCGAAGAGCAGUAUAUGUUUAAAUAUAUAAUUGCCCCCAAGCUCCAUAGUUUACACGGGAAUUCAUUACCACUGCACCAGCAUCAGACACCAUUUCAGUGCCAGUAUACAUAGCAGCUGUUAAAAAACACAAUUUGCAAACUUGCAGCAUUCAGAUUUUACUGCCAUCAAUCGGAUCACUGACAGGUGGCUCAGUAACUCACCUUACUUUUACCUUUACAAACACUCUUUGUACAUUCACCAGAACAGGAAUGACAGCACGAGAAGUAACAAUACAGGAACAAUUCUGAGGCCUUGAAUUUUAUUUUCAAGUGUCUGGGAAAUUGUAAUCUCCAGUAUAAUUUUAGUCUCUCUGACUUUCCAAACUUCAUUUAACAUGAACAAAAUAAGAGAACUUGUAACUUGUUGAACCUCAAGGCUGAGCUGCAGUAAGAUUGCCCCAAGUAUUGAGGGAGGCAGAGGGAGUGGACACAAAACUGUUUCAAGGCUUCCAGGAAGAACACAAGAUCAACAUUUAAUAGCAUUUACUCGCAGCAGCUAGAAGUGAUUCUGAAAUGCCAGCAUUUAUUGGACUAAUCAAGUUUUUCUUCCCUCACUAUUGUCUCAUCUUUGCUUUUCCCUUCAGCAACUUCCUACUAACACCUGAAAGCAGAUCCACAUUAGUUCACUUAACCCAGCAUAUCCAUGAACCAGGUUAUCUCACAUCCUGGUGACGAGCUGUCAUGGUUUAACCCCAUCUCCAUUUAAAACAGGAGUUAAAAGAAACCCAAACGAAGAACAGUAUCACUGAUGCUUGUUGAUUAACUGGUAUCUUAAUAAAAGUGGUACAUUGGCCUGUAUUUCUAUGACUCAGUUUGGAUAAUGGAUUGAAUAAGCUCUAAAGGCAGGAUACAAACUUGACUACACAGAACCAAGUAGCUUUUGCACCAUUUUCUGCAUUCAUUGGCUCAAUGAAACAGGACACACACAAUCCCAGCAGGUAUUAGGGUUUUCUUCAAGACAGAUACGCCUAGCAAAAAAAGAAGGUGGCACCCUUCAAAACAAAACUUCCUAUCAGCUACUGGAAUUGGGCACAUUCCAUAUACAUGUUGGGGAUCUUCCGAAGAUGCCAUUUGUUCAUGAGUUUCUUCAGGUAUUAGACACUAAAAGGAGUAAUGGGGCUAAUGAGCAAACAAGACCACUGUCCAGCCACGUUAAAUAUUUAUUGAGCUCUCGUUACAGAAAAGACAGAAAGAGAGCACAAAAUAGAAAACAAAAGAAGAAAGUAUGUCUUCAUUCUGUGGAGAGCUGACACUGCAGCCCUUAUGUGUGGAAGGUGCAGAAUAACCCUCAUUCAUAGCACUUAAUUGCAAGUGCUACUUCACUACCCAGUUUAAGAGAGUUGGACAAAGAAGCUUUAAAACCAAAACCAAGUGCAGUCAGAUCAAUUCUUCAAUCUUUCGUUUCUCCAUCAGCACUCAAUUUUUACCUCGAUGAGUUUUCAAUAUGAAAACAUGACGUGUGGAGAAUCACACACACACAGAGCAAUUUUCUCUUUAAAAAGUCAACAUAGUUUUAAUCAAUCUAUAUGAGCCCCUCUUCUCCCAACAUCCUAACACUGCUAGGUCACAUACAAGUACCAAAACUUGUCUUAAGAAGUAGGUUAAAUACUAAAGUUAAUCCUUUGGGAAGGGAACACAUUUUUGUGCGGAAGUGACAGUGGCGUUUUAAGUGCCAGCAUUCAACUGGUUUAGUCUAUCACUACUUCAAAUAAGAAAACACCAGGUAUGCUGGACACUCAUCCAGAGUUUUGGCCAGCACACCUGAUAAUCCCAUGCAGCAGCGAAAUGUUUGGUUUUGAAAGAGAGAAGAGUUCUGUCAGGCUGUUUUUCUGUAACAUUCAUCAUGUAAAUAAACAUGUAAUUUUAAGUA